CCACAGUUCAGUUUGACUACUUCGUAUAAAGAAAAGCUCUAAUGUCAACGUUAAAGUAAAACCGUGAUUUAAUAAAGACAACAAAGAUCCUGAAAUCAGAUUGGUCGUAAACGAAAUAGUAAACUGUCCUUUUAUUAUACGAUAAAGGAAAUUAAUCAAAUUGUAAAAUUUUUACUUGGCGACGUUUCAAAUGCGCCAACUAAAAAUCGCUCAAACUAAUUAUAUAACUUUGCCGCUAAUAAUUUUCGUUGGAAUAACGCCAGCCAGUGCGUCGAGGGCAAGGUAUGAAGUAUGGGAAGUUGAGGUGAAGUACGCUGUCUAUUUAUGAGACGUGUGUUUAACCCAAAUUAUAAUAUUUUCUCUUCAAAUAACUAUUGGAACCUAAAUCGCAGGUAUUAACAAUCUUAAUUUUGAAAAUAUGUAUUGAAUCUUGUCAUUAAAUAUGACAGGUUAUAUAUGUCAACUGUCAUGGAAGUGGAAUGGUUUUAAUGUUGAGCGGACCAAACAGAUAGGACAACACAGAACGUGAUAGAAGACAACAAGACAAAACUAAACAGUGAUACUAAUAUAAAACAGAAUAGGAUAAAAACAGGCCACCCGAAAAAAAUAUUGAUCAAAAUUCCAAUUUUGUCCUGUCCUGAUGUGUCAUGAUGUGUUCUGUUUGUUCAUGGAAGCGUUUUUAAUUGAUGAUAUGGGAUUGUAUUAUAGAAUUUUCCGGUGGAAAGCGAAAUCCCGACAACCGAAACCCCGACAUACGAAAUCCCAACAGUAACAAAAUCUUCUACGAAGUAAAUGAUUAUUAUUGUUACGGGAUUUUGUCAUUAGGAGUAGGGCUUUGUUUAUUAAGCGUUUUCACGGAAUUCGUCCUAGAUGGUUUUGUUUAUUAUUCACCCGAGUCAAAUUCCUUGCAUAUGUUUGUCGAGAUUAUGGUCGGGAUUUUGAUACUAUCUGGAUUUCGAUAUAGACAUAGAAUUUUCACAGUACAAACUAUGCACAUAAUUUUAACAGUUCAUUGAUCCAUUAAGGAUGCGUGCCUCGCAUCAACACCGGGAACGGUUCCAAUUGCGCGAUGAUAUAUCAUCAGGAAUGCUUAAUGGACGUCAAUUGCGGAUGAUUCGUCGAUUAAUCACGAUCCUAUGUAAAUUGCAUAACAUUUGUUUUUAUCGAACGCCUUUGCUUCCUGCUUUUUUUUGCCACGAAUUAUGCAAAUUGUAAAAGAUUUGAUCUGCAGAUCGCGUGCCUUCGUCGACAGUAUCCAAUCAUCAUAUAAAAAUUACAUUAUUAUUUUUUUGUAUAUUCUUAUGGAUUUAAUUGCUCCGAUCGGGUAUAUAAAGUGGAAGAUGUUUAAUGUUAGAAACUAUUGCAAAGUGUUUGUGCAUUAGAAGUACAGAAACUAUGAUGAUUAAAAUUGGCAUCUUUGUUAUCGCCUUGGUACUUUUCGAAGCUCAAGCGAAGGAUAUUCAUCCCGAUUUGCAGGAGUUGGCCGACGACUUACAUAAUAAAUGCGUCAGCGAGUCGGGUGUAACUGAAGAGAUGAUUUCCACGGCGAGGACAGGUCAAUUCCCCGAAGAUCAAACAUUCAAAUGUUAUCUGAAAUGUUUGUACGAUACACCGAAAUUGUUGCAUGAAGAUGGCACCAUCAACAUCGAAGCUGCCAUCGAAAUAAUACCGGAUAGUCUGAAGAACAUCUACAGUGAACCCAUAAAGAAAUGUGGAACACAGAUGGGAACAGACAUUUGUGAUACCUGCUUCAAAACGGCUCAUUGCAUCUUCAUGAACACCAAAGAACAUUUCUAUCUAAUUUGAAGCCACCGGAAUUGUCUCUAAAUAAUUUAAAACUAACUAAUAUCUGUGGAAUUACUCUAGUAGUGUUAUAAAGAAUAAUAGUUAAUAAAGUAAUCGUCUAGAUUUGCAU